CAAAUAAGUAGCCAAAAUUGAAAUAGUAUAUCAUAGUCGUUGCUUCCCCUGCCAGUAUCCGCAGUAACUUUACUCUCCUCACAAGUUGACCGUAGAAAAUGGCAUCUUCAGUUCAACUGCUCUCCGUACUCCUCUCCUGCUUCGCUCUCCUCUUCGCCGUCCCGCAGGCCGCCGGCGACACCAUCCUGACUGCGUACCAGGUGCUGCAGCAGUACGAUUUCCCGGUUGGCCUUCUCCCGACGGGCGUGACGAGCUACGAGCUGGAUACCAGCUCCGGCGCGUUCUCCGUCUACCUGGAAGACUCCUGCAGCUUCAAAAUAGACGGAUACGAGCUCAAGUACAAGAGUACAAUCACCGGGAAGAUCUCCAAGGACGAGCUCUCCAGCCUCGGCGGCGUGCAGGUGAAGAUACUGUUCUUCUGGAUAAACAUCGUCGAGGUCACUAACGACGGCGAUGAGCUUUGCUUCUCCGUCGGAAUCGCCUCCGCCUGCUUCCCGAUCGACAACUUCUACGAGAGUCCUGACUGCGGCUGCGGAUUCGACUGCGUGAAUGCGCUCAAAUCUGAAACUACCUCCGCUUCCAGGCUCAAUCUCAAACGCCUCGCGUUUUCUUCCUAAAACCGUUCCUGAUUUUUCCAGAAACGCGGGUCGUUUUUGUGCCCUAGCACCAAACCCGGUUUAUUCGUUACACGGGUGGUUGUUUUUAGCGUUCCUUGAUUAUCAUUUAAAUAAACUUUUACUAGUGACGUUUUAGUAAGACUAAUGCACUGCUCAAAAUUGUAAUUCUCCUGAAUUUGAUCCUUCUUUGGAUUCGUGGAA